GGAAACAUCCAGUAUGUUUUACAUUAUGUAAGGCGUGGCCUGCAUCUGACUAUUAUGCUACAUUUUCGUAUAAUCUUCCGUGAAAUAAUGCGAAAUUACGGUAGUAUUUCUCAGAAUGUCCAAAUGUUUUAGUAAGUUGUUGUUAAGUAUGGCCUACUACAACAGUUGAAUAAUGUGGGUGUAAGCUGCUGUAAACAGUUGAAUAUGGUACACCUUCGUGCAGUCAACAGGUAGGCAAGUAUCCCCGGACAUUUCAGACCUUCCUAACAGAAGCAUGCAUAUAUUAUUCUAAUUAUUUCCACGUGUUCAUUCUCCCCGGAAACUCCAGGUAGAACGAAGGGAGGUAUCGUUACGCCUUGAUAGGUUUUUCCACCAACUCCGUCGUUAGUCCUGAAUUAUUAUUAAUAUAUUGUUUGUUAAUAGAGCUAAAUAUGGAUCUGACUGAAGAAACGAUUAUCUCAUUGUUAAUGGAAAGUGGCGGAAAGAUGAGGAAUUCCGAGUUGCUGAGUAAAUUCAAAGAUUUCCUGAACAGCACUGAUCCCGCUGAGAAGAAACUAAACAGGGAUGUAUUCAAAAGGUUUGUGAACAAUGUCGCUGUCGUGAAAGAAAUUGAUGAUGUCAAGUGUAUUGUACUAAAGAAGAAAUAUAUCCAUUUGUUACAAGAAACAAAUGAUUGUCAUGUUGAAAAUAAUGAAAGCCAAGACGUUUCAGAGCCAGGUAAACCCUCACCUGGAUUGUGCUGCGAGCACUCUGCGAUUUCUCAAGAUGGAGGAAGUUACACUGAAAGUCAUGAAAACCUUAAAAAAAUUGUUACUCCAAGUAUAACAGUAUGUCUCCCAGAUGAUGGUGUACAAUCUCCUAUAGAGCUGGCAUUACAAAGAACUGUGUGUUUCAAACCUAAAAGGUCCUUCAAUUUUGACAUAAACCAUACUUUCUCAGGAGGGGCUGUAUAUCCAGGGAAGACAGAAAAGAGCCCUAGUGUACAGAAGCCAUUUGCGCUGCCUUUACGAAUGCCCCCGAGCACGAACAGAGUAGAAAUCCACAUACCCAAGUCUGAGGAUGAUGAUGAUGAACCUCCAAGAAAAGGAUCCCACGGCCAAGAUGCACGCAGCUCCUCUAAGACCAAGAGAAGGCCUUCAACCGACAGCGUGGGUUUGCGCUCUCCGUCACCCAGGAGGGCCGUCAAGACCAUUAAACCCUCCGAGGAGGCGAAGUACACCUCCGCGGUCCCCCUGGAGGAGGCGGAGCACAGGUUGCUGGUGAGGUCUGCAACGGGCCAGUGGACACAAGUGUAUGGCCUCCUGCUGGACGACAUACAGCUGGCAGAGAAGAGGGACUUCAUAUCCGGCUUCACUGCCCUCCACUGGGCGGCCAAGUGUGGCAACGUUGACAUGGUGAGGAAGAUCAUGGACACGUCCAGACAUGGUGGACUGGACCUGGACGUGAAUGCCAGGGCCCACGGAGGCUACACGCCUUUGCACAUCGCUGCUUUGCACCGCCAGGAGUUUGCGUUGACUGCGCUGGUGCGUGAAUACGGAGCGGACGCAAGCAUCCGGGACAAUUGUGGGAAGAAGCCAUUUCACUACCUGCGCCAUGAGGUCUCUGUUGAGGUGAGGGAGUUGUUAGGGCAACCCAAGGCCCAGGCCCAGGACAUCAUCCUACAGGGGAAGGAGGAGCCGGACAUCCUCCCAGGCUUGCAUUCGAUAAGUCGCCUCUUCCAACCCCAUGUGGAGAAAAGGAAAAGGCACAAGCAAAGGCCUGGUUUCCUCUCGCUGAGCGAGGAUCCGAGGGAAGAGAGGGAUGUGAGUCCAAGCAAGCACAGACCCAUCUCCCAACUGUUCCAGUCACAUCAGUAAGCUGCAGACCGGAAUGACGAACCUUCAUUUUGCAUGAAAUCUUAGAGAUAAACAAGGGCGAGUUUUUAAAGGAAAAUCUCCAGUAUUUUAUUCAACACAGUUAUUUAAAAAAAAAAAAAUGUAAUCAACAGAUCAUCCAUUAUAAAAUGUCAGCAUUUGCCUUUUCAUCAAUCAGACCUGAAGAAAACUCAACUCUAGCACCUAUUACCAGGAUGGUAGAUUCCUUCUGUUCUCAUGUUCUCUAUUGAAAUCAUGGUGUAUGAUGAUUUGACAUAGAUCUAUGCAUUUUAUUCUUUUUGUUUUUAAAGCACUCCGGCAUUAAUUACCAACAUACAUUACGUCUAACUAACUGUCAAACACGGUCUCAGGGAUGGUUAACUCUAGAGAUACCUGCAAUAUCAACGGAGUUAGGUAGACAAGCUUCUAGUUUUUCUGCACCUCGCAUUUGGAAUUUGGAAGAAUUUGUUUGUAUGUUAUGAAUUGUGUCACAUGAUCACCCCAUUUAAAAUGACCAAGAUUCUCCAGAAACACUGUUCUUAAGAGAUCUCACCAUGAAAGUGACCAAACUCUUAAGUGAGGUUCAGGUUUGUUGCAUCUCACUCUUUUUUUUUUCCCAAAGCAGUGGAUGGUCAUGUGACUAUUCCCCUUUAACAACAGUAUGUGGUCUUACUGUUUAGGAUUUCUGUAUUGUAAAUGUGUUAUGAUGUGUGUAUUGAUGCAUUCUUUAAGAGUUAUGUAUAACAUGCUCACUGGUUGUUAAAUCGCAUGCCUUUUGUGUGUACUGCUGAUGUUGUACAGUACUUCAUUGAAAAUAUAUUGUAAAUGUAUAUUUAAUUUACUCUAGAUAAAACCAUGUUUUAACCCAGGAAUCCUAAACAUGGGUAUGUAGAAUGUCUCCCAGCUGGUCGGCCAUUUUGUCAUUCAGCUGAACGGUUACGUGCUAAUGUCAGCUUUGGUGCCUGAGGCUGAAGAGAUGACAAGUGAACUAACCCGAGCUGCGUCACUGACCUUCUCGUGAAGUCACGUCUCUCGCAGCGAAAUGUCUCUGCGUCGCGGCCGUCCUCGCCCCUGGGCCGGUGCAGACGUUCCAACCGCGGCACGGCCAGGAACAGCAACGGCUAAGUCACGUGCUGGGCUGAGCGCUCAGGACCACUGCCCAGAGUUUCACACUUCUGGGGUGAAUGGGGGACGGGUUUCCAUGUGGUACUGUAUCUCACUGUGUAACACGCCUGCUGUAUUGCACAGGUCUUUCCAUCCCUCCUUAUGUCCCACAAUCAGUAGCUUGUGAGUAGCUUGACCUUCUGCGGCGGCCUUGGGAGUCAGACGAAUAGGGCUUAGUUGUGGGGAAUGGAGUUAGUGCUGUAAUCUGGCAUCUCUUGCCCUGGGUUUCUGGAGUGACACGACAAAAGAAUAGUCCUCCCCCAAGAUAUCCGGUACUUCAUAAUAGUUAAUAGUUGUUGUUCAGAAACCAAAUGGGCAGCAUUCCAUCAGAGCUGUUAAUGAAUCCGUGGGAGAUGCCACACAACACAUAGACCUGAUCCCACUGAAUUAGAGCAGCACAGCCUCUCCGUAUUGAAUGGAACAUACUAGGGGAUGAUAUAUAGUAAAAAAAGAAAUCUGAAUGUCGGAUGUAUUUCAGAAUAUUUUUAUUCAGAGAUAGCAAACUCCUAGUUUGGUGGGUGGACCAGACAAUUUAAUUUAUUCACAAUAUAUCAAACAUCAUGGAAUUCAAAAUUCCAAGCAAGAAAUGCAAACUCUCCAUAAGAUAAACUUAAGAUAAAAAAGCUUAGGGUAGUGACU